UUUUUUUUUUUUUAUUCUCUUCGUUUUCCCUUUUUUUUUUAUUCUUUCCUUUUUCUUUUCUUUUUUAUUAUUAUUUUCUAUUUACAUACCCUUAUAUAUACAUAUAUACAUACAUAGAUAGAUAAAUAUAUAUAUGGUGGAUAUUACUUUUCAAUUCGAAGCAUUCAGUUUUAACGGCAUUUGUCAAACGGUCGCUUUAUCCUUAUGUCCACUCAUUGGCUCAUCAGAUGGAAUAGAACCAGUUUGUUAUUCACGUAAUGUCGACUUGGCUGGCAAUCUUAUAUUUCAACCAGCUACAAUGAUUAUUGAUAUUGUUGCUAUUAUUAUGGCCGCUAUUAUGAUUUAUCAUAUUCGAUCUAAAUAUACCGCCGUUGGUCGAAAAGAAAUUGUUAUGUUCUUUUAUUUAUAUAUGAUCACCAUCUUUCUUGAAAUGUUACUAGUCACUGGUAUUAUUCCCACUUCUUCUGCCGUCUAUCCAUGGUUUACUGCAGUUCAUAUUGGAUUAAUUAGUGCUACCUUUUGGUGUCUCUUAUUGAAUGGUUUUGUUGGAUUCCAGUUUGCUGAAGAUGGUACUCCAUUAUCUCUUUGGUCAAUUCGUAUUAGUUCUUUGAUCAUUUUCCUCAUUGUAGGCUUUAUCUCUAUAGCUACAUUCCAAAAUUUGGGUCCAUUCAAAGCAAAUAGUCCUGGUGCAUUAUGGGCAUUUUACUUUAUUAUCAAUGGUGUGGCUUUCAUUGUCUAUGUUAUUUCUCAAAUCAUUCUUGUUGUCAAUACUUUGGAUGAUCGAUGGCCUUUGGGUGAUAUCCUGUUUGGUACCGCAUUCUUCAUUGUUGGACAAGUCUUGAUGUAUAUCUUUUCAGUAGUAAUUUGUGAUCAAGUGAAGCAUUACGUUGAUGGAUUAUUCUUUGGUACUAUUUGUACGUUAUUGGCAGUGAUGAUGGUUUACAAGUAUUGGGAUUCUAUUACUAAAGAAGAUUUGGAAUUCUCAGUUGGAUCAAAACAAAAUGUAUGGGAAGUCAAAGAACUUAUGGCCGACGAUGAAUUAUCUCAAUCUUAUCCUCAACAAACCCCUCCUCCUCCUCCUCCUCAACAACAACAACAACAACAACAACAACAACAACAGUAUCAUCAACAACCACAUCAUCCUCCUCCUCAACAACAACAGCCUUAUGGUCAACAAUAUCAUCAAUAUCAACAACAACACCCUUUUUAAAAUAGUGAUGAAUUUCUUUUAUAGUUUUUGGUUGAAUUUUUUUUUUUAAUGAUUCCCUUCAAAUAAAUAAACUUUUUUUAGU